UUCUCGCUGUCCAUGCUCUUUCUUUGUCACCUUCUCCCUCCUUACUGAACCUGGUUAUCUAAACUGGGCAGGGCUCGAUAUACUCACAGCACUGGGGGAGGGCCUUGUCUGCUUUCAAUCAAUAACCUCUGGAAUUCAGAAAUACAAGUACGUCCUGUCUCUGGCAGGCUGUACCACACUUGAGGGCGGGCUCCCAGGCACACUCGACAGAGUUUCCAUCUGCUUCUGGCAUUCUCUCUGUCUGUUUCCACAGGUCUGACUGAGUUCUGAGUCUGUUAUGAUGGCUGAUCACAAUUCUCCAGAUUACUUCAGCUGCUCCUUGUGUCUGAACCUUUUGAGGGACCCUGUGGCUAUCCCCUGUGGCCACAGUUUCUGUAUGGACUGCAUCAGUAGCUACUGGAAUGAAGCUGACUACACAGGGAUUUACAUUUGUCCCCAGUGUAAGAUCACAUUCACCCAGAGGCCUGUGCUGAGGCCCAACGCCACUCUUAGCAUGGUGGCUGAGAAGAUCAAGAAGAGUGGUCUGAACCUCAAUGCCAAUACAUCUCUGGGGAACACUUACGCCGGGCCAAGUGACGUCCCUUGUGACUUCUGUACUGGGAAGAAAUUAAAGGCUGUGAAGUCUUGUUUGAACUGUCUGGCAUCAUACUGCGAGAAGCACCUGAAGCCUCAUUAUGAAUCAGCCACAUUCAAAAGGCACAAGCUGGUGGAUGAGCUGGGAAACCUGGACAGGAAGAUCUGCCCGCAGCACCAGAAACCUCUGGAGCUUUUCUGUCGAACAGACCAGAUGUGUAUCUGUGCUAUCUGCACAGUCAGCGAACACAGGGGCCAUGACAUUGUCUCUGCUGAGGCAGAGAGGGGUGAGAAACAGAAACUGUUGGGAGUCUCCCAAGCUGAGAUUAGGCAAAAAUUCCAGGAGAGAGUGAAGGAGCUGGAGGAACUGAAGACUGCAGUGGAUUCACUAAAGAACUCGGCCCAGAGAGCCAUGGUGGAAAGCCAGAAGAUGUUUGAGGACAUGAUCCGCUCCAUUGAGAGGAUGAGAGCUGAGGUGACUAAGCUGAUUGGGAUCAAUGAGAAGGCUGCUUUCAACCAGGCCGAGACUUUGAUUGAGCGACUGGAACAAGAGAUUGAUGAACUGAAGAAAAAGGAGUCCGGGCUCAAGCAGCUAUACAGCACUGAUGACCACAUCCACUUUUUGCAGAACUUCAACUACCUCUGCACCCCCACUGAUGAUGGCUUCAUACCCAAAGUGACAGUGAACCCUGACUUUUCCUUUGGGGCUGUCAGGAAGGCUGUGGCUGAGAUCAAGGAACAUAUCGAGGAGUUUGGCAGAGAGGAGCUGGCUAGGAUCUCCAAGUCAGUGAAUGAGGUCCCAGUCUACACUACAGAAAGUCGAACACUGGACAGAAGGAUCAGAGCUACAGCCAAAGAAAUGACUGUGGACAACACUCCUCCUCCAGAGCCAAGGAGCAGAUCAGAUUUUUUGAAAUACUUCUGUCAGCUGAAACUGGACCCUAACACAGCCUACAAGGAGUUGUGCAUCUCUGAAAACAGCAGAAAAGUCACCCGCACCAGGGACCUGCAGCCCUAUGGAGACAGCCCAGAGCGGUUUGACAGCUUUGCCCAGGUGCUGUGCCGGGAGUCCCUGUCUGGAGGCCGCUUCUACUGGGAGAUAGAGUGGAGUGGCGAAUUCUCCAUUGGAGCGGCCUACAAGAGCAUCAGCCGAAAAGGCAAAGGCUCACUGUGCCUCCUGGGCUACAAUGACAAAUCCUGGAGUCUCCUGUGUUCAGACUCUGGGUAUUCUGCCUGGCACAACAGGGUGGACAAAGCUGUCAGUGGCCCCCACUCCCCCAGGAUAGGCGUGUAUCUGGACCAUACUGCAGGUGUGCUCGCUUUUUACAGCAUAAGUAACACCAUGACCCUCCUGCACAGGUUUGAGACCACAUUUGUUGAGCCCCUAUAUCCAGGUUUUGGAAUAGGAACCUCAGUCAGGAUCUGCAAUGUCAAGUGAUCAUUAAUAUUUGAGCUCUCAUUUGAAAAUCUGCUAAUAUUUUAUGCGUUUCUUUUAAUAUACAGGAAUGCUUUUGGAAUAUGUGGAUUCGUUUGUUAAUUUGUACCAAACCACAUAAGUGAAGUUUUAUUUUAUAUUUUUAAGAAGCAAUGUUCCUUCCAAAUGUGUAUCUUUGUUAACUCUACACACCAUAUAUUUCAUUUUGCACUGUCAAACCACAUUCAAGAUAUUAUAGAAAUACAUAAUUUUUACACAAGGACUAUAGAAGAAUAUAAUGUGUUAUCCCUUUUAGCAGCUUAUAAUAACUGCUGGAUAGUACUAUACAGUAACAUGUGCCAUAUGAUAAAUAUCACUCAUUUGGCUGAAUCUGUAAAUGUUCCCACAGAUAAUACAAAAGCAUUACAUUUAUAGGUUUACCCAUUUUCUGCUACAGAAAGGGUGGGACAUAUUUUAAAUGAUAAAUGUAAUAAUGUGUCAUAAUGAAUGUACCCUGAGACAAUGUGAGGUGCAUGUUCUUUUGAUAGAUUAUUGGCCAAUAUUAUUGCAUGCUCAAUUGAAAAUCUAUUUUACUUUUAUGAAAGGUCUGCAUAUUAAUAGUGACAUUCAUGUUGGUGCAUUAACAGGUAUUAUGGUGUCAAUACAUUCAGAUGAAUAUUUCAUUCUCAUUUCAUGUUUUUGAUAUGUAACAGUUAAGUAUUUUUUAUUGAACUAACCAUUAUUUAAUUUGGUUAUGUGUACUUAUAUCAUGGAAAACCGGAGUAUAAUUAUCCAGAAAAUGCUUUGUAACAAAAUUAUUCAUCGAUAGUUCUAAAUAGAGCUAAACGAAUUAAUAGAUUUUUGCAUUUUUGAGACUAUUUAUCUAUUUUACAUAAGAACUGGACUAUACAGUGUUAUAUCUGCAUUGCUUAAUUGUCUUGAGCUGUUUUAUAUGGAUAUAAAUGAGGGGAUAGUGUUACUUAAUUGCUGUUACUGUGUUUACCAAUGGCAGUCUAGAGAGUUUCAAAAGCAUCUGUAUUAACAGAAGUGGAAUUUGAACAUCUGCUUAAAUUAUUGAACUUGUAUAUGAAACUUCCCAUUUAUAAUCACAUGUAUAUGUGAAUCAGCAAGCCACUUGCUAUGAAAUAAAUAGGAAUGAUGCCAUUUAAACACUAUAAAUACUCACUGCUCCCUCUGUUGGUUGAUUACAGGAACUGGACUGAAAUAAAAAUGUAAUGACCAUUGUCACCAUGACUAAUGCAUAUUAUUAAAUCUAUA